AUGGUUCAGUGUUUUUGGAGUGACACGGAGCAGUCAAUAGACACAGGAUAUGAUACUGAUUGCAGCGCGAGCAACAAGCGGCUUGAUAACACUAUAGUAAAGGACGUCCCCCUGUUGAACCAGGAGAACGAGACGAUUGAAAGCGCUCUCAUAAAGGCACGCGAGUUCAUCUUCAUCGUUGACUACAACUGGUGGCCCAACAUUUUGCAGAGAAGUGUCAAUCGCUUCCCUUUCGGCGACGUCUUGAAAGAGAAGGCUCGAACGGGGUGCUUCAUAGUGGACUGCGGCAAGGAUGCAGCCCUGGCCUUUUUGGGUGGUUUUAACCUUUCGAGGGAGAGAUGGUCCAGGCAAUAUCCCAUCUUCGACCCCUUCCUAAAGAGACAGUUGAUUCAUUUCGGUUCUGAACAGUCCUUCCACAACAUGCACAUGCGAGUGAGCGGGCCGGCCACUCUGCACCUUCUGCAGAGCUUCAAGGAAAGGUGGGACAAGGAGAGAGAGUGGCGCAACCCCGAAACGUCCACGUGCAUUCGCAGUCGCUUCCGACGUUCAAGCCACGGGCAGGAGGAGGCGGUCAGGGUCACACAGGUGCUGAGGUCCAUAGAUGACAAUUCAGCCAAGUUUGAGAACAGAGGUAGACCUGGCCUAGUGCAGGUUGGUGGGUCGUGGGUCGACACGAGCAUUCAGAGCGGCGUCGUGGAAGUCAUACGAAAUGCACAAGAGUUCUUGUACAUUGAGAGUCAGUACUUUGCGGGAUCGUCUGUACACUGGGACUGUGAAACUUGGGAUGUCGGUGACAGAAUAUUCAAUAUUAUCGAUAAUGCCGUUAACACAGUCCCAUACGAGAUUAUCAAAAGGAUUAUCCAGAAAAUUCGUUUGAGGCAACAGUUCUGCGUAUACGUGGUCAUGUCCAUGCUACCGGAUAUUGAAUAUGAAAACUUACUAUAUCUUAUCAUGGCUGAUAGCACAUACAUCUGUAGUAUGACCAUACGGAUGAUGUACCAUAAAAUCGGCGAGGAAUUACGGGCCGUCGGCUCAUGCUUGCACCCGACCGACUACUUGGUCUUCUUGUGCAUGGGGAAGCAGGAGCCGAAGCCGACGUACGUCCACUCCAAGAUGGUCAUCGCCGACGACUGCUACAUCGUGGCGGGCUCGGCCAAUUUAAUCGAUCGCAGCCUCGCGGGAAACCAGGACACCGAGAUCGCCAUCUUGGCUCAGCAGCUGACGACGUGUGACAACCAGGUGAUGACGACGGCACUCCACAAACUGCCGCGCAAACUCUGGGCGAACAGGAGGUUUGUCCCGAGUUCGACCCGCUCGCAGGGCCGGACCCUCGAACGCCAUUCGCAGCUCAAGGAACUCGCCAACGAAGGACUGCGCUAG